AUGGUGGAGAGAGACUUCGUUUACCCAAAGUGGGAUGAGGAUAAGGAAGACCCGCGUGUAGAUGAACUCAUCAACGCGCUGUAUGGAGACCUGGGCCGGUGGAGGUGGAAGCCGGCGGACUGGAAUCCUCAAGGUGUUCUGGUGAAGAAUCCUAUACCCCCGGAGUCUGCGAAGAGGAAAAGAGCCUCUGCCCUGGAGAUGAAAUGCAGAAGAGGCAGUGUCCUGAGAGCGUAUCCUCUGCUGAAGAUGGCUUCAGUCGCUUCGAGGAGAAGAUGA